AAUGAUCGAAAUGGCCUAGAUUUCAACAGGCAGAUUAAAACUGAGGAUCUCAGUGACUCCUUGCAACAGACCCUCGCGCAUAGGCCAUGCCACAUGAGUCAAGGACCUGCCAUGACAUCUGGAAACCAAAUGUCUGGGGAUAUGACUUCCCUCCAUCCCCUCCAGCAGCUCGUACUGGUUCCUGGCCACUUGCAAUCUGUAUCCCAGUUUCUGCUAUCUCAGACCCAACCUGGGCAGCAAGGUCUGCAGCCAAAUCUUCUCCCCUUUCCACAGCAACAAAGCUCUCUCCUCCUCCCACAGACUGGACCUGGCCUGGUGUCCCAGGCAGUUGGGCGCUCUGGGCUGCCAGGAUCCUCUUUAGAACCUCACCUGGAAGGGUCCCAGCAUCUCCCAGUGCCCAAGCAUUUACCCAGCUCUGGAGGGGCUGAUGAGCCCAGUGACCUGGAGGAGCUGGAGAAGUUUGCCAAGACCUUCAAGCAGAGGCGCAUUAAGCUGGGUUUCACACAGGGAGACGUGGGGCUGGCGAUGGGAAAGCUGUAUGGCAACGACUUCAGCCAGACCACCAUCUCGCGAUUUGAGGCCCUCAAUCUGAGCUUCAAGAACAUGUGCAAGCUCAAGCCACUGCUGGAGAAGUGGCUGAGCGAUGCAGAAUCUUCUCCAUCAGACUCCUCAGUGAGUACCCCCAGCUCUUACUCCAACCUCAGUGAAGUGUUUGGUAGGAAGAGGAAGAAACGCACCAGCAUUGAGACCAACAUCCGUUUGACUCUGGAGAAGAGAUUUCAAGAUAACCCCAAACCGAGUUCAGAAGAGAUCUCUAUGAUUGCAGAACAGUUAUCCAUGGAGAAGGAGGUGGUGAGGGUCUGGUUCUGCAACCGACGCCAAAAGGAGAAGCGAAUCAACUGUCCUGUGGCCACACCCAUCAAAUCACCGAUCUACACGUCACAUCUGGUCUCUCCCUCUGGGUCUCUGGGCCCCCUUGCCAUCCCUCCUGUCCAUAGCACCAUGCCUGGAACAGUAACACCAUCCUGUUCCCCUGGACACAACAGCAGGCCUCCGUCUCCUGGCUCAGUGCUCCACGCCAGCAGCCCCACCGCAUCUCAGAAUAACUCCAAAGUGGCAGUGAACUCCUCCUCCUGUUUCAACUCUUCAGGAUCUUGGUACCGAUGGAAUCAUCCCACCUACCUCCACUGAGACCAAAAAGUUUCUCCUGUUCCACCUGGCCCUGUAUUCUCCACUGGAAGGAAGGCAGUCACACCUUCUCUAUAUGGACAGAUUACUUUCAGAAGAGUAGAAGAGAAUCCCCACUAUCAAUGAACCUAAAUCUUGCCUUUAUGAGCAAGGGCCUCUGGAGAUCCAAACUGUGAUUGAACCAUGUGUUGACUCCUAGUGUUCUUGAAAUUCAUACCAAUACUAGGAGUUGAUCAUUUACAUCUUCCUUGCCUGUGCCCUUACCCUCUAGUUCUAAAUAUUUCAGAUGGCAUCACUGUGGCCGUGGUGUUUCAGAGAAAGGACUUUUCGCCAUUAUUCUGCAACUCAUUCUGGGGACAGCCAUUUGCCUGGUGUGCCACACUACCAGAAGGGGAGAUAAUGGUUUUGACUCUGAACUUAGCCACAAUCUCUGAACUGGUUCUAAAAUCUGUGAAAAGAUUUGAAUCCAAUGUCUCCACCAAAGCCUUGAUGUUUUUUCUAUUCAGUAAAGUUUUCUGACUGAAUCUUCUUUCACUCCAUUUCCCUUUAGCCCCACCCCCUCUUCUACAACCAAAUCCAUUCAUGAUUUUGUUCUCCAAGUUCCCUCCUCUUUACAGAAGACCGAGUCCCUCAGUCUGCUGGGCACAUUUCUCUGCCUGUAGGUGCUCUUCUGUCUGUUACAUCUGUCCCAGAGUUCAGGAGCACUUGUUCCUUCUCUCCUACCCUAUGUUUCCCCUUAUUUCAUCCCUUUUCCCCUCUAUUGGCUGCAGAAGGAAGAAGACAAAAGCAAACAUGCAACAAUUAUGCUGGCAAAACACCUGUAGAUAGCCCUUUCCUGUUUUUGCAUUAUGUUCUUCUCUCCUUAGUAUGGAAUUUUCCAGCAAAAUGUUUAACUCAGGUGUGAAUUUUGAAGACGUCUCUGUAAUAUUUUACCUUCUUUAAAAAAAAAGAAUGAAAAAGAAAGAAACAUGUACCAAAGUGUUAAAUAAUGUGCUGGCUCUCACAAGAGUCCCCAGAUGGACUGGGAAUCCUUGUUAGCUUCCCAGGAACACCGUCUCUGGCCUCCUUUGUGGGCCAGCGUGUAAGAGACAUGACAUGAAGCCAUUCCACAAACGGUAACUUUUCUUUUUAAGACUGCAUAUCCAAGAAAAGUUGAUAUUCAAAGGAAUCUCACUGUUCCUAAAUAAAUUUGCAUAGUGAUAAUAUAAACUAUUCCACUAUUGAUAAGAAGAGGUUUAGAUUAUUGUUCUCUAUCUUUUUGUUGUGGGGGAUCCGAGUGCAUAUGAUAAAAUAGGAUGGGAAAAAUGUUUCAGAUUGAUGCAUUAAGUCUGUUACUCCCCAAACUGAUCUAAAGAUGACAUGCAUUAACACAGGGCUCGGAAGAGUUCAGAGUUGCUGCUCUUUUUCACAGAACUGCCUUAAAGGCAGAGAAGGCGAGAGACUUGAUUUUUUUAUUUUGUAAGUGGGAGAUGGUAAACAUUUAAGGUCAAGUCAUUCGUAGACUUAAGAGGUAAAGGCUGAGGUUAGUAGCUCAUAUCUCAGAUAUCCUAAAGGUCAGUUAUUCAUAGUUCACAAUGAAAAUCUGUCUUAAAUAGGUAUUUAAGGCAAAGAAUAAUUUAUAGAUUUGCCUUUGGAAUGUACUGUGACUCUUGGUAAGGGGCUUGAGGGGGCAGGGGAGCUAUCCUUGUGGGUUUUCUUAGGUUAAUACAAAUUUAAAUAGUUACCAUUCCUGAGGUAAAUAUUGACCUGUGGGAAAGGGAGGCUCUUCAAAAGUGUAAUGGCUGAAGGAGAAAAACUAAAAUUGGGAUUAGACAUUUGUUGCAAAUAAUAAUAUCCAAGUGGAAAAUGUUUACAUAAAUGGUCACGAGUUAACUGUUCUUGAUGUUUGAAUGGGGCUUAUAUUAAGACUAAUAUUUUCUGUCAUGAAUUGGGAAAAUGUCUAUUGAUAGGUGGUUAGCUUUGCAAAGAAAGAGUGAGUUGAAAGGGGCUUGGUAUGCAGCAGAGACAGCAAGAAGAGCCUUCAACUGUAAUUUAAGCAUAAAAAGGGACUAUUCCACCACCCAUGAGCACAUCUGUGCAUACAUGUAUAUUUCAUACAUAUGUAUGUGUGCACGCUUCCUUGUAAACUCACUCUGAUGAGCUGACCCUUUUCUGCAGCAAUCCUGGCUACCUUGAUAUCUUGCUCAGGUGAGUGCUAAAAGUUGAUCUGCACUGUCCAAGGCUCUAGCUUCCAUCCAUUUGAACUUUUCAAAAAAAUACUUUAAUUUUUAAGCAGUUUUAGGUUUACAACAAAAUUGAGAAGAAGGUGCAGACAUUUGUCGUAUGCCACCUGCCUCCACAUGUGCAUGGCCUCCCCAGUCAUCAACAUCACUCAUCAGAAAGUACAGCUUUUACUAAGGGUGAACCUACAUUGACACAUCAUAAUUACCCAAAGUCCACGGUUUACCUUACAGCUCACUCUUGGUGUUGUACAUCUUAACAGGUUUGGAGAAAAGUAUGACAUACUCAUCAUCAAAAUAUCAUACUGAGUAUUUUUACUGCCCUAAAAAUCCUCUGUGCUCUGCCUAUUCGUCUUUUUGCUCUCUAUAUUCUUGGCAACCACUGAUCUUUUUAUUGUCUCCAUGGUUUUGCCUUUUCCAGAAUGU